AUGAAUAAUAUUCUUACCGGCUUGAGAGACGAAUUGAAGAUCAUUUCCCUCAACAAUGAUUUCGUCCUUUUGGGCGGUGGAGAUGGUGGCGAGACAACUCACCUCAACAGUUCUGUUUCCGUCUUGAAGGGUAACGUUGAUGGGGAAAUGGGCAUAUACGGAGCGCAUCUUGUAGCGGAAUCCGAGGGUGACUCCCUUGAUCAUGUUCUUGACGUGGGAGCAGACGGUGCGGAUAGCGGCAAGCUCUUUGCGGACUCCGAACCACUUGCGAACACGAAGGGUGUUCUUUCCAACGCGCUCCAUCUCCAUGUGCAAGUGACGGAAGUCCUUGCGGAUGGUUCCGCGUGGUCCGGUGACGUGGACGAUGCGGUUCUUGACGGUGAAGGUGACUCCCUCUGGGAACACAACGGUGUCGUUGGACUCGAUCAGCUUCAUGAUCUGUGUGGAUUACCUGAAAAUCGAAAAUUGAAAAUCAGAAUGAAGGACAAAUUCAAACAAAAAUACACAGCCGGAGCUGCAGUGGCUUAUAUGUCACGAAAGCAAGCUUUGAAGAAGCUCCAACUCACACUCAAGGACUUCCGUCGAUUGUGUAUUAUUAAAGGAAUCUACCCUCAUGAACCAGCACACAAGAAGCAGGCAAACAAGGGUUCCACCGCUAAUAAGGUGUUCUAUUACCGCAAAGACAUCAAUUUCCUGGCUCAUGAACCGAUUAUCAACAAGUUCAGAGACUACAAGGUCUUCCUGCGUAAACUGAACCAUCUGAAAGCAAAGAAAGAAGAUGACAAGAUUAAGAAGUUAUAUGACAACAAGCCAGUUUACAAUCUCGACACAAUCGUAAAAGAGCGCUUCCCAACCUUCGGAUCAGCUCUCCGUGAUAUGGAUGACGCUCUUUCGCUGUGUUUCACUUUCGCCAUGCUCCCACAUACUCGUGUUCUCAAAGAAGGAAUGAUCGAUAGUUGCCGAAAGCUCACCGCUGAGUUCAUGCACUACGUGAUUGAAUCGCAAUCUCUGCGCAACACAUUCAUCUCGAUCAAAGGAAUCUACUAUCAAGCUGAGAUUCACGGAGAGAAAAUCACAUGGGUUGUACCACAUGAGCGUGGUCUUCCACACGUCACUGAUGUUGACUUCACCGUUCUUGUCACUUUCGUCGAGUUCUACAUCGCCAUGUUGGGAUUCGUCAACUUCAAACUCUAUCAAGAUAUCGGACUGUUCUAUCCACCACAGAUUGGACAAGUUGUUGAGAAUGAUGAGAUGGAAUCGGAAGACUACAAAGAGAAGGUUUACAGUUUGGCGAAGCCACUGGCAAAGAGAAAGGAUGUUGAACAGACUGAAGAGGAUGAGCCAUUAGAUCUUCUUGGAGAAGAUUCCGAUGCUCUUGCACAGAAAGUCCGAGAAGCUAAAAGUAUCAAGACAAUGUUCAAAGGAUCAGUGUUUUACCUGAAUCGUGAAUGUCCAAAGGAAGCUCUCACUUUCAUCAUUAGAAAUGGAGGUGGAGUUGUUGGAUGGGAAGGAGGACCAACUGAGCUGAAAUCAGAUAGCAAAAACAUCACUCAUCACAUCGUGGAUAGACCGAUGGACAAGUUGGAGGUCAAUCGACUUUAUAUUCAGCCACAAUGGGUGUUUGACUGUUUGAAUGCUCGUAGAAAGUUGCCGACUGAGAGGUAUAUGCCAGGAGUUGCUCUUCCACCGCACUUUUCGCCGUUCACAUCUGAAAAGGCUGGAGACUACAUUCCAUUCGAAAGACUGGAAGAAUUGAGAAGCAUGGGCAAGGACGUGUCCGAACUCGAAUCAGCUAUUCCAAAGACAAUGGACGAGUUGCCAAUGCGCAGAAAGGAAGUGAAACCAGAGAAGCCAAAGGGAAUCCACAUUGCCGUUGGUCAAAUGCACAAGAAGAGCAAGGAGAAGUUCCACGAGACAGUCGAGAAGGGACAAGAGUUGAAGAUGCGCGAGUUGAUGAUCUCAAAGAAGCAUCAACGAGUGUAUCACAGUAUGAAGACCUCAUUCAAGCGCAAUCGCAACGAUGCGCUGAAACUGAAGAAGAAGGCCAAGUUGGUGAAAGCAGCGGCAGUUUAA